AGUAUUUUGAUACUUCUGCCCUUCUUGAUGCUUCCGAUUCUCAUAUAUGGCAGUAACAACUUACCUUUUCCUAUGGAAUUCCCAAUCCUGUCGAUCGAAACGGAAAAGGUUUUGAUCGGAAUCGUUGAUCAACUGAUCCAGGGCAUCAGUUCUCAGGCGGAAUGUCUCAAACGAUGCCAGAAAAGCAAAGAUACCAGCGAUAUUGUCUGCAAAAGUGCAGUCUAUUAUGAGAAAGAAAAGGAAUGUGUCAUUGCAUCCCAAUCACGUAUAGAUAUCCCGGACCUUUUCGUUGAGGAUGAACAAGGCAUUUACAUGGAGAACAUAUGUCUCAAUGACAGCGGUGCCAGCAUGAAGAAACUUAAGGUUAAAGCAAGAUUUGUCAUAUCGAACCCAGGCGACAGUUCGAACAUGUCAUUGGUUCUACUACAUUCCAAGCUUUUCCUAUGGUUUCCAAUUUCUUUGCAGUCCAUGAGUGGUGGCACCGUUGAGCAAUCUGGUUAUGACUCUCCAUCAGAUAUGAUAGGGGGCCAGAGUUCGGUUGAUGAGCUUGCGACUCAUGUAUUCAAUGUCAUACUUCUUGUAAUCGAUUCGUACAAUGUGGAUGUUGGUGUAAAGAAAACUCCUAUCGAUGCUGGAUACGGUAAACGGUUACGGGACUCGAGAGUGAAGGAGUGUUUCACUGAAGUACGUCCACUUCGACCAAUGAAAGAGUCCCGUGUCACCAAAGCGUACUCGUUGGAACAAUGCACAGACAUUUGCCGGCUCUGUUGGAGAUGUCUCCGUGGAAAGAAAUGCCUUGGAGUUGCUUUUGACAUAAGUAGUGAAUUAUGCGCAUUGUCCACAAGUCAUAUGGUCGAUGGUGGUGAUAUGCAAGACCUCGACGGUAUUGUUUACCACAACAGAAGUGAUUGUUGA